CUUUCUACCCUUUCCAGUCUGGUCACGUUCUCUGCCUCCUCUUAUAUUGCAUAUUCCAGAGUUAGGGCCCUGUGGAUGGGGAGGAUUCCUCCUGGAGCUGAAACUCCUGGGAUGAACUGCACCCAGCCUCUGAGCCUGAGUUUGGGGGAGAAAGGGCAUUCAGUGGCAUUCCUUCAUUGAUUCAUUCAUUCAUUGACUCAUUCAGUCAUUUACAGGCCUCGUGGUAUCCAUCCCUACUGCUACAUUGGGCUAAACCUGGACCCCAGAAUUUAAAGUCAGGGGAAGAGGAGGAGAGCUGGGUGCUGGUCAUCUGUGGCCACCUUCAGGGAUUUGUGUGGUGCCUUCAGUUUCCUUAGAUAGCAAACCCUUGCCCCUCUUUUCUCAUCUUGGGAACCAGGGGUAUAGAACUCACUUGUGCUGCCUGGGGCCUUCAUUGCUCUGCCUCUGAGGACUCUGCUCUUCCCCAAGAGGGAAGUAUUCAGGAGAGAAUGGUCCCUGUGAUCCCAACACCCAGGUGCCAGGAAUCAGUGGCAUUCAAGGAUGUGCCGGUGGACUUCACCAGGGAAGAGUGGGGGCAACUGGGCCCUGCUCAGAGGGACUUAUACACAGAAGUGAUGCUGGACAUUUAUAGGAACUUCAUCUCCCUGGGGCUUCCAGUUUCCAAACCAGAUGUGACCUUCCAGUUGAAGAGAGGAGAAGCACCAUGGAUGCCAAACAGAAAAGACUCCAGCGACACCUGUCUGGGCCAAGAAAGACUUCUUAUUCACGUAGCAGACCAGCCACCAUGAAGCCCUCCAAGCUUGACCCUGCCUUGCCCUCUGACUCAUCUGCAAGCAGUAAGAAGGGGGCAAAGAGGGAGCGCACCAUGUUUAAUGAAGUGCAGCUGGAUGUUCUUCUGGGAGAAUUUCAUAAAAACCCCUAUCCCAACUAUUCUGUCAGAAGCGAGCUUGCUAACCGCCUUGAUGUCCCCGAGUCUAGAAUACAGAAUUGGUUUCAAAACCGAAGAGCCAAACAAUCGAGACAACUGAAAGAAAAAGAAAGCUUGAAUUUAUCUGGACAGUCCCAGGAGCAGGGAGAACAGAGUUCCUUGGUUCAUGGCUCGAAAAUUCCUCAGACUUCAGCUCCCAGCCAAGUUUCCCAGGAGGGUCUCCCAGAAACCCCGUUGGCUUGGCCAAAUAGAUCCAGGUUUCCCUCAUCUAAGGUGACAAAGGUGUCCCUGGGGGAAAGUCCUGGCUUCCCAGAGACAGUGGCUACAGCCUCCGCACUGACCAAGGACGUGUCCACAAGCCCAGGAGCCUGGCUUCAGCCUCCUGCCCUGACCAUGGAGUCUCAUCCCUGUUUAAAGCCCCAGUCCUGGGGAAGCUCCCCCCAGAGCACACCCCCCCGGCUCCAGACCCUGAAGAGAGGACAGCCGCCGGAGAGACGGCUCUGGCUUGAGUAUCUCCGUGAGCUUCACGAGCAGUCACAGCAGUACCCCUGGAUGCAGGAGUACCUGGAAUACUUGCAGCAGCACCCAGUUCCAGUGGCACCUGCCCUCGCCCCCAGCCCACCAGCAGCCCCCCUUCCAGAUACUGUUCCCAGUGCCUCAGCAUCCCUGGCCACAGAAGCAGCAGGGCCCGAGACCACUCCUGCCAAAUGAUCCCUCCUUCAGUCCCAAGUUGCAGGAGCACCUGUGGUCACUUAGAAUCUCAACCAUUAGGGAGCUGUUUCUUGACCCCUCCCCUCCCCCCGGUCACCCAUGAUCCAUGAUCCGGCCGGUUUCCUGGGACCGGGCAGCUAUUUGACCUAAACUGGCUCUUUGAUGUACUUGGAGUUAAGCAAUGGAUUCCUAUUUUGUCGUAGAAGGACAGAUCUUUGCUCCGAGAUCGGUGGUGGAACUUGAGGGUUUCUUAGUCUGA